ACACACACACACACACACACACACACACACACACACACGUCUUAUCAAUGGCAAAGUAGGGGACAAACAGAUCAAUGGGCACUGCUCACAUCAACAUAAUGGCAGACUUUCAGUCGCAGGCAGAACCUGGGGACGACAUUUCAUUAACCCAGGAUAAUUUUCGGGAUCUAAAUCGAUAUGGCCUCCCAGGCUCUCGCCACCUUAAAUUUGGAGCAGGUACAGCAAACUUGAAAUCAAAUUUUCUGUUGUUGACUCAUUUUUGACUUUUCAGACCUCUAUGCUGCCAUUCUCAUUUCUCUCCAAACUGCUAGAUCUACACGACUUCCACUUGAGGCACAUCUACAAUAUGAUUAAAUAUGAUCUUCGAUUUUAAAUUUUUAUGACAGUCUGAUCAUAUUUAUUAGUUCUGUCAAGAUGCUCUUAAUCUAAUUCGAAAUAUGCGUUUUAAGAUGAGGUGAACAAUGUACAUUUUAACUCAGGGGAAACUUUUUUUUACAGCAGGAGGUUGUUUCUCAUUUCCAAGCCACCAGCUGGUUGUUCUGGGUCUGGGCCUGCUGAAUGCUAUUCUUCUGAUAAUUGCUGUCAUCACUGGAGUUUACUGUAAGUAUUAGAGAUCACAAAAAACUGCUGAGUCCCAAACCAUCUUUGGCAAAAUUAGAUAGGCUCUCGUACUUAGUCUCAGUGCCACUUUGCCCGACAACUAUUUGUUAAUACUUUAGCUCUACUUAAAGCUCCUGUAAGAAGUUUUUGAUAUUUAUGAAAUAGACAGUAAUACAUAGUGAUAUGAUAUUAUGACACACAAAAGCAAACAAGUAUUAUAUAGUAUUAUUUGGCAAAUUUCAAAGCCUGAAACUGGUGGUGGUGGUUACUUAAGCAUGCAUGGGCCAUGAUGAGUAAUGGUUUCCAUAAGGAGUGCCACAACUGACACUGUCCAAAAGUUCCCCACAGUGGCUUUAAUUGAUUGUAUGGUCUAUUAAAUAUCACUAGAGAGGCAAAAGACACAAUUAUGUAACAAGAGCUUUAAAAGGAUCAAGCCAUUCAAAGCGUAACAAUUCAUCUGAGAUCUCAUUAGUUGUCUUCUACUAAUUUAUUCGCAACUAAUUGUUUCAAUUUUUUGUAAUAUAGGAUGUGAUUUCUACAAGGUGAUUUUUACGAGUGAUAUCCGAGAUGCUAACAAGACGGAACAGUGGGCAGCAUGUAGGCUAACAGGAUCUUAGCUUUUGAAAGAGGUCUUAUUGGAAGCUAACUAAAAGAUAGAAUCUGCAGCCACGCUAACAGCUCUAUCAGCACCUAAAUUGGCUUAGUGCAGAGUGUAGUGCUGAGUAGGCCAGAUUAAAGUCAACAUGCUGAAAUGCUCACAAAAAUGAUGCCAGCUGAGGCCAAUGGGAUUUUAUCUUGGACUAUUGCUUUUAAUUCCCUAAUUUUGGAUAAAUUAAGUAAAUCUAUUUAUCUCUUGGUCAUAAUUGAGGUGUCACAAAGUUUUUCCAGUCUUGUGAUAAAAUGAAUACCUGUUACAACUUGCUGUCAGUCCCAAAAGUCCUAUAGAGUCGUUGUUGAAUGGCCAACAGACAAGUGUUGCUUGGUGUUUCCACAGACAAAGAAGCCUGUCACCCCAAAACAGAUUUUCCACACUUUUUUUGGUUUGUCUUUUAUGAUGUGUUUUUCUGCCUCAGGUGUCAAAGCCAGCUCUUUUCAGGUCCCUGUUUCAGCUGCCUCACCCCUCCUUGCUGAGUUUAACUUCCUACGAAACCAAAGUGGUAUCAUCAAAGAUACAGUGGACACCAAGGUAGCAAUAGCAAAACAGCAGGCCAGUCACAUGGAUCAGAAGCUGCAGUUGAAGCAGCACCAGAUCAGCACAGACAAACUACAGAGUGAGGUCGAGACACUGCGCACCGAGAGAGACAAUCUGCAGUCCACUAAAGCUUCGUUUGGUGAGCAUGCUCACAUCUUUUUUCUGGUCACUACAAUCCACAAUCAGGGUUUAAACUUAGAAACAUUUUCACAUUAGGGAGACCAUGCCAUCAAAAUACACACUUAAUCUGUCAUAGUGCAUGUGUGUCUUGACUACAUUGAGUCCAUUAAUUUUUUUUCUCUCCCUUUUGCAACAGAGGAAAACUGUGGUAGAUGCCAGCCUGGAUGGAAAUUCUUUAGAACGUCCUGCUAUUAUGUUUCCACCCUUGAUGAGUCCAACUCCAAAAAGAACUGGCUGGAAAGCAGAGCAGACUGCAUUAGUAAGGGCGGAGACCUGCUUGUGAUCAAUAACCUACAGGAACAGGUGGGUUAAUAAACAAAGGAAAGUGUUCAGUCUCUUACUCAUGUUUUGCAUCAUUAGGAAAUCUUUAAUUGUUCAAGAAUCUCUUACUAUAGUUAAAGAGGAUGCAAAGAUAACACUUUGACUAAGAUGUCCAAUGACAAAGUAAAAGAGCGUGAUAAUAUUUGAGCCUUUAAAAAGCCUCAGGUAGAAACAACUUUGAGGAAUUGCAACUUUAAUCUGAGGCUCCCUUGACUUUGAUAGACUGUGGCCUUACAAGUGGUGAUGUUUAUAUUGCAUUCACAUCUUGUUUCCACUGCCUUCAAGUGAUAAAAAAAUAAAAAAAUAAAAACAAUUUAAUCUUUGAAAAUGAAAAUGAAAUAUUGACCCUUGGAUGUUACCACUAAUGUUAACUGCAAUUUCGAAGCCUCUGGUUUUGGGAUUUUGUCCAAAGGUGUUGUUCUGUUCUGAAGGAUAAUCUAUAAACUGGAAAAUGAGCUAUUAAAGAUAUAAUGGGUAAAAAUGGUAACAAUCUGCAAUAUCUAACUGGAACAGUUCUUAAACUGUCUUUCUCAGCAAACUCUAGUAUUUUCUAUGGGCAUUAAAUGUCCUCCUAGCCUUGUUAUAACCUCUGCACAUGGGGCCCUCGUUUAGACUGUGAGGCUACCAUGUGCCCCCAUGCGUCCAUUUAUUUUGUUGUAGGGUCUAUUAAACUUGCUUUGGUGAAAGAUCUUCAUGUGUAUGAAAGGUUCAAAAAAGCAACAAAAGUUAAAGUUCAAGGCAUGUAUUGCAAGCUUUUUUGUGAUGCUCGAACACUCCUACAUGUCUGGUGAGUGUUAGAUUCAGAUAUGACGACAGGAAGGAAAUGCAGUGCCCUGUUAUUCAAAAUAAGACACCACAAAGACAAAAUUUGGGUAUAGAACAGUGACACGAAAUGCAUUAUAUAUAUAUAGAAAUAGAAAGUCAUCCAUGAGGUAUGAACUCACACAUGUCUGCUGUCUUGCAGCAACUCGUAACAAGCAUCCUUCCAACCCAGAACAAUCGUGAUUUAUGGUGGCAGAAGGGAUACUGGAUUGGCCUCACUGACGUAAAGAUAAAGGGAACCUGGGUGUGGGUGAACAAUGUGACUGAGGUGGAAACAAUGUAAGCAUUUUCGGUAACACUUGACGCCUAUCUCUAUAGCACAUUAUAAAUAUAUGUAUAAUGCAUUAUAACCAUAUUAUAGCACUGCAUAACUAUAGUUAUAAACACUCAUAAAUGAUCAUAAUGCUUUAUAGCAAUAAUCAUAACACAUUAUAAAGCAUUUUAUCAUGACUUAGAAGGUCAGGUAUUAUGAUGUGUUAUAACUGUUAACAACAGUUGCAUUGCAUUAUCUAUGUGGGCAUUGUCAGUGAGUUGUUAACAUCUGUAACUCAUUAUAAUACCUGACCUUGUAAGUCAUGAUAAAAUGCUUUAUAAUGUGUUAUGAUUAUUGCUAUAAGGCAUUAUGAUCAUUGAUGAGUGUUUAUAACUAUGGUUAUACAGUACUAUAACGUGAUUAUAACGCAUUAUAAAAAUAUUUAUAAUGCAUUAUGGAGAUAGGCGUCAAGUAAAGUGUUACCGCAUUUCCCUAUAUUUCUCAGUGGGUUUUACAAAACUAACACCAUGAACAACAAACUCACUAAAUUCUUGUCUGAAUGGUUUCAUCCAUCCAAGAUACUGGAGAACUGGGCAGCCUAGGAGUGAAGGGGAACAGAGUGGGAACUGCGCUGCAUUGUUAUUCUUCUCAAAUACCAACAGGAUGUGGUACAAUGGAAACUGCCAAGACCAUCGAUAUAACUGGAUCUGUGAGAAACAGGCGAGCUCAGUGUGAAACCCCUCGAGCAGAGAUCAUACAUACUGAUCAAAUUGUUUUCAUCCGUGCAAACUCUUUCAAAUAAACAUUGGCUUACAUAUUAACAUGUCUGCUGGGAUUUUUACCCACUGAGGUACAUUUCAUUGUGUAACUUUAGACAUCUGCUGGUGUAAAAUUGUUGUAUGUGCAAGACAAUACGUUUGCUAAAAACUUACUGUAUGAAACUGCUGGUAAUGAAAAUUGCUGUGUCAUAUUACACUUGAAUAAUUGAAUAAAAAAGUAGAUUAUUAUCAUUA